AUGUCAAUAUCCACCCCGGAUCCCACUUCGGAUGCAUUGCUGUUGCCUGUCUGGUACAACCUGCAGGUGCCAUUCAGCGAUGCAAUGCCUGAAAGCGAUCUUGAUUCGGUGAUCCCAGCCCAACUUUCAUACCUCGCGAUCUACAACCCGACACUCGGACCUACCGACGAGACGAUAGCGGACCAGAUCGUGUUCUUUACUUCGAGAACGAGCUAUGCACGGCGCGUUGAUGGAUCCACGGCAGAAGGUGAAGCAAACAGCUACCCUGAAGAUGAAGAGAAUGACAGAUUGCGCCAGAUAGGUCUGGCGCAAGGCAUGGUCAACUUUGCUAGUAACUUCUCGGCUGGAAAGACACUGGAAUAUGUUGAAACAGAAAAAUCGCGCGUUGUUCUACUAGAGUUAGAGAAGGACUGGUGGAUUGUUGCCUCUAUCGACCUGACUCGAAUUCCUGUCGAACCUGCUCAGAGAUCCUCUGGAGCAUCUAACUCUCCGGCAUUUCAUUAUUCGUCACGAGAGAUGGCACCACCGCCUCUGCUGAUCCAGCAAUUACGUCGCGCCCAUUCGGAAUUCCUCCUACACCAUGACUUCAAGUUAGAUGACAUCCUCCAUCAAGUCGGCAGGCACACAUUUUGUCUAUUUCUUGAACGUUUCUGGGAGAAUUUUGCGUGGAACUGGGAACUACUGUUGACCGGAAACCCCAUUGUCGAUAUCUAUAAUGGCAUUAAACUCUCUGCAGGAGGAGAGUUGGGGAUCGGCGUCGGGGAGGAAGAGUGGGGCAGUGGAGAAAGAGAGGUACUUGAAGACUUCGUGGCCAGGACCGACGGGUUGGUGGACUUAGUUGUCUCCAGGUUUGGUGAUUCGUCCUCGCAGUCCGGGGGGUCUCCAGCUUUGGCAGGGUCAAAUGACCAAAGCCGCUGGCUUGGGGCAGAUAAUGAUCCUCGACCAUCCGAUGGUGUGGUGUUUACUGGAGUUGGUGCUCUUUCUCGGCGAUCCUUGGCCCAAGUAUCACAUUGGAUGCAAUGCAUUUAUCGGUUUGGGGAUGCUGCGUAUGGAGUUGGGCGGGACCCAACCUCUCUGCGUCGCCGCAAACCACGAAAGCAGCGCGGACGGCAAACUUCAGAAGGCGCUCCUCAGCCUUCCACGCCGGAUCGGGAUUUCAGGCCUGGUAUACCUCGUCCGCUCAUAAUGGCAGCACCGCAGCCAGUCCCAGAAGUCGUUGAGGAAAAUCGAGCAGGAACAAGUGAGGCAUCACCACUUCCUACGGAGCAAAAGAGCGAGCUUUCAGGAUUUCCAACAGAGGCGGUCAUGAAGUACCUCACUCUUGGAUAUGGCUCCUCUUGGAGUUUCUCUCCAAAACCGACGUCUACGCCGUCUGAAAUUUCUACUCCAAUACGACAUGAAUCCAAUCCAAAUAUCCCACCCCCGAGGAAUCAGCCCACUAGUGCUGGACAAGAUGAGGUAAAACAUCGAAACAGCACGAGAAAUAGCCCAUCGGGUCAUUUUGUUAUUGGGCCUCGUGAUGAUCUAGAGAAGUUGGACGAUUUAGAAGAGGGGAGUCCAGAACCCAUGUCCGAGAAUGGCAAACCCAAGACUCGGAUGGUGCAUAGAACUUUACAUGUCCACCUGGCAGAUGGGCCAGACACCACUCCGACAAAGCUCCAAGUCGUGAUUUAUGUGCAUCAACCAUUCAUGUUCACAUUCCUCUUUGAUCCUCAAACACCAGCAUUAUCAUCCCCAUCACUAUAUUCAAGCAUGCAUCACCAACUUGGUCCUCUUCAGAAACCCCUUCUUUCAUCGACAUCCCCAACAAUAGCAGCCUCCCGAAUCGCCAUGUCGGAGACCUCCCCAGAUCCCAAUAAGCGGUUCUCAACUCGAACCCAGCCAGUUUACAAUCUAGUCUACGACCCAUCCAACCUAACCAUCCGCUCUUCCAUCCCCAAUAUCCCCAGCAUGAGCACCACUUCCCCCUCCACCCAACCAACCAACUCGCCAACCCGCUCCCCAUCCCCCUCUUCCUUCCCCUCCCCAUCAUCAACCCAACCAGCCUGGUCCCGCGUUGAAAGCCUAGCAAUCCACCACCGUCUCCUAUCAACACACACAGACACGCGUUCCCGUCCACAAGAGCUUGAACGCACAAGCAAAACCCAACGCGGAUGGUGGGUCGUCUGGGUCCGCAUCCCACAUAGUACAAUCCAAACCCCAACUGCCCUAUCUGCCACUUCUUCAUCCGCCGCUCUCUCAUCCAUAAUCAACAACGAUGACUCCUUGCCCGCAAACCCGUCCCAAGGGCAGGCCACUCCCCCUGCCUCAGGAGGCUUUCCUCCGAGUGACUACGUCUCCCCGGCAAGCCAUGGCCGUGUCAGCAGCGGUGCUCGUUUCUUCCGUGAUCUAGGCGGAGCGUCUUCUUCCGCCGGGCUGACAGGGCCUUCCCGUGCUGCGGAUAUGGCGCCGUCGAAGUUGGUUGAGGGGCUUGGUAUGGAUGCUCGGCGUUAUAUUGAGGGUCUGCUGAGUUUGAAUCGGUAG